AUGGCCGCUUUGGCCGUGCCGCAUCCCCAGCCAGGAGCUGGAGGGGGUCUCUUUGGAGCAACUCCAGGCGGCACUAGUGGCGAUAUUGCUGCCGCGGGGCCUACCCAGGGGGCACCUCCCACAGUAGCGAAUACAGCGCAGGGGAGCAGUGCCACGCCCAAACGCGAAUCUGGUGUCUCCGUGUCUUCCGCUGAGGCUACAACGAGGGAUGCAGGGGCCAAUGGCAGCCGAAGUAGCAGGCUGGGGCGUUGCUGGGGAGGAAGGCGUUAUGAGCGUUUGUACGAAGAUGUUGUGGUGCCUCUUGCUUCGACUCUCGAGGCUUCUCGGAGCUUGCAGCUGCACCAGCCGGACGAAAGAUUGCUGUUGCGGCUGCAGGGUGGCUCCCCACUUGGUGAUGGUGGCUGCGACGAGGAGCAGCACGACGAAUCAGCUCGCCUUGCAGAGACACACAGUACACGUGCGCAGGAGGCUUCAGCCCUUGCUGCUCUGCUCGAGCAGGUGGAAGCUUUCGCAGCUCCUCUUCAGGUGGCAGAGAGGCUGGGUCCGGCAACUCCUGAAACGCAGCAGCAACUUUUGUUGUUGCUCCGGGAGGAGCUUCCCGGAUGGCAGGCUCUAGCUGCUGCCCUCGACGAGGUGUCUGUACACCUCAACAUUGACGCGUCAGAGUGCGCUGCUUUGGCGUAUGACGCCGUUGCAGCAGCAGAAGCCACUACGUCUGGCGAAGUCCGAUGGCAUCCGCUGCUCCCCCUGCAUGCGCUACAGCAGGAGCAGCGAUAUCAGCUGCAGUGCCUUCGCACGUUGGCAAGCCUUCUGCAUCCCUUAGGAUGUGCUACGCUGCAAGCCUCUGGGGUAGAGUCGGCGACUUCGGAGAGCUUUCCCAACGUUGUGCUUGCCUUCUUCUGCGAGCUGCUGCAAAGGGGACUGUUGGAUGCCCUCUUGGAGAAGCUGGAAGCUCUGAUGCGCUCCGCAGCAUGCGCUACCACGGACACGUUGCCUCUCCAGCAGCAACACCUGCAGCAGCAGCAGCAGAGGCAGCAGCACAAGAAGGAGAUCUUGCAGAGCGCUGGUGCUGCAGCGGAUGGGAACGCUGCUGCUGUGGCUUCGGCAGCGGCUGCAGCUGCCGUAGCAGCCGCUGGUGUGGAGGCAGAAGCAGCGGCUCUGCUUGCGCAACACAAUAGAGACUGCAUUUUCGCAGUAACAGAUUUGCUCAUGCUGCUGCUGAGUCGCUUUCACGCUUCUCACAAUCAGCUGCAGCGGCUGCUCCUGUUGUUGCCGCACGUGGUCUCCCCUGCUGCACUUCCUUCAGGACGCCGUGCAGCGUCUGCGCAAGACUUUGACUCGCGUUUGCAUCAGCUGCAGCAAGAGCAGCAUCGGCAACAGAAUGUCUCGUCUUCAGAGCUGCAGCAGGAGCACGACUCUUCGCAGCAGCCACAGCAGCAGCCUGCUCUGCUGCAUCGGCACUUGUCCACACGCGUCUGCGAGCUUAUUCUGCUUGUGCUGCAGCCAAAGCUGCUGCGUUGGGUAGUGCCCCCCAGCUCCGUUUGCUUCACUCGGCAGCAGCAGGUGAGGAUGCUGGAGCAACUAGAAGACUUCAAAGCUCCCCUCCUCACAGACUUUGGCCUUAUGUCGCCUCCAGAGGAGCUGGAGGGGCUCACGUCUGCAGAGAAACAGCAACUGCAGUAUCUUGAAGGCGAAGCCCAACAAACUCGAGAGCUUAUUCGAGAUCUACACCAACAGGGGAGGAGCCUAUGGCGGACUGGCGACGGUCUGGAGUGUAUUAUGGAUUUCGCCAUAUGCGGCGUCUUCUACGGCGAUACGAGGCGUGCUGCUGCUGCUCUUCUGCAGCGUCCUGUGCUGUAUUUGUUGCGUUGCUGCUUCUUGCAGCCACUGGCCGCUGCUGCGGAUGAUGAGGUUUCUCGGGUGUCUCUACAGCUGCAGCACGAAUUGCUGAGCCUCGCAUUUGGAGGCCCUCAGGGGCCAUCCGAUUUGUGGUCUUUAUUGAUUCAGCAUCAGUUGGGAGCUCGCAGCAGUAGCGGCAGCAGCCGAAACAGCACUGGCAACGGGGCAGCUGAAGCAGUGACAGAUCCUGGCACAACAACUGGCGGAGAUGCGCCCCUUGUGAGAGAAGCUCUCGGGAUCAUUUCCUUGCUCUGCCGCCUGCACCCCGCUGCUGCGGGGGUGUAUGUGGAUCCCCUGGUGCUGCUGAUGGAGGUGUACGGUGUGCAGCAGCAGCAGCAGCAGCAGCAGCAGCAGCAACAGCAUGGUUUGCUGCAGGCAGCGGCGAACGCAGUCGGGGUGCUUCUAGACACCCAUCCCCCUCUAGAAGUGGCAAUUUUGCUGUGCUGUGGCACGCUCUGCUGUUGGGGAGGAGCCCUUGUUGCCCAGCGUCUCAGCAGCAGUCUGCAGUCCCUUCCUGCCCUCCAACUGAGCCGUCUCCUGCUGCUGCUGCUGCAUCAGCUGGAAGCAGCCGUGCGGGGGCAGUACAACGCCUUGCCGCAACAGCAGCAGGCGCUGUAUGAUGAGAGUGUCUUUCUGACGGGAGCGCGAUCUGCAGGAUCGCUGCAGCCGAGUGGCAGCCUGCUGCAUGGCGGGGGGGGGGUCGUGUUGACUGCAGCAGGGGGUUCGCCAUCAGUGCUGGAAGCCGGUGGGGCUUACCCUCGAGGCCUUCUUGUGGCGUUUGAUGCUGCCCUCUCAGCCCUUGCUGGGUGCUGCAGCUCGUGGCUUUUUGUCUCUCUGCCUCUCUCGCCUCCCCUUCUGUCGGAAACGCUGUCGUGGAGUUUCAGCAACAGAACAAGCAGCAGUCCGCCGCAUCGCUGCCGCCACGUUCUGGACCUGGUGUAUGCGGUGCUGCAUGCGGGUUCGUCUACUAACCGCAUCCAGCUGGCUGGAGUAAAAGCCGCCUGCUUCGAGCUGCUGUCGCAGGGCCUUGUGAGAAAUGCCGCCAAUGCCAUGGCGGUGCUGCUGCAACUCGGGGGAUUAAUUGAUCCCUUGCGUGUCGACUUCGCUGCUGCUGCGGCUGCAAAGGACGGUGCUCGGCUGCUCAUGGCCUUUUUCUCCUGCGUAGCUCUGCUACUCCAGCGUGUCGGAAUUCGCCGCCGUUUUGAUGCCUCGCUGCUGCGCUUUUGCCUCGCUCUAGACGCUCAGCAGCAGCGGCAGCAGCAGCAGCAGCAAGUGCUCCAGCGCCUGGGGGAGGCCGCCGCUGCUGCUGCUGCUGCACCUGGAGGUUCCGGAGCGGCGGAGGCAGAGGCUGCAAUGACAGAGAUGAAUGCAGCAGCAGCACCCGUGGGAGCAGCUCACGCUGCAAUGCUGAAGCUGUGCGAGUUUACCUUCGAGGUGUACAUCCAGGUCUUCUCCCCGGCAGCCACGGCGAUGGAGAAAAAACAAAAAAGCCCGCAACAAAAGCAACAACAGCAACAGUUCAUCGAGCGCGAUCUGCCGCGAUCACGGUACUGGCGCUUCGGGCUGUUGCUUACUCGCAUUUUGAGAACGUUUCUCCGGGGGCCUCUACCUGCAGUUUCCGGUUGGAAUGCAGCCUUAGGAGCUGGCGCAGCGGCAGCAGCACCACCGAUGGAGGACGGCAAUUCAUCAGAGUCUCUGGAAACAGUGGAAGUUGCCGCAGCAGACGUUGCAGCAGCAGCUGCAGAGCCAUUCGCAGAUCCCUGUACACUGGAUUGGCGGCCAUGCGCCUAUGCUUUCCUCCAAUUUCUCCGCCUUGAUUCUCAGGCGUUCGCCGCGCUGUUGCGGCUCACCUGCUCGAACGUAGUUGAGGCUGUGUCUGCAGCACCGAGAUCCCCAAUAAGCUGCAGCAGUCCCAGCGAGGAGGAUGUGCCUGAGGAAACGCCUGCUGCAUGCCACUUCCGCGGACGUUGCUGCAUUAUGGGUGUCAGCCUGUUGCGCCUUCUGCUGCAGCGCGAUUUGUUAUUUCUUGAGACAUACAGAUGGCGGACAGGUGCUACAGUGGCAGCAGGUGCAAGCACUGCGGGAUCUGUGGCAGGCGGCAAAAAGGAUCUCCUCGCACUUGCUGGCUCUCUGCCCGGCCUUGCGAACCGCUGCAGCAGCAGCGGCAUAGUGGAUGCAUUCGAGCUGCAACCGCUGCAUGCACAGCUGUGCCUCCCUGCUGUCGCUCUCGCUGCUCCUCGCAGCGAUCCGACGAGAGCAGCGCCUGCUGCAGCCGCAGAUCGAGGGGUCUUGCCCCCUUAUUGUUGGUAUCUUUGCUUGCUGCUGCACCCUAGCCAGUGUCUCGCGGUCCAGAAGGCCGUGGUGUAUGUUCUGCUGCAGCUGCAGCAGCGCAUUCCUGACGAUCUCUCUGCAGCGCUGGCAGCGAAUCCUCUUCCACUAGCGCACAUGCGAGCCGCUAUUAGGGCUGCAUUGCAGGACGAGGCGGCAGCAGAACCUCGUUGCGCACUCGUCCCUCCGGCAGAUUGGAGGCAGCAGGCAGCGGCGGCAGCAGCAGCGGGAGGAGACGAGGCCCUUGCGGAUCCCCUCUUCGCCAAGAGCCUCAGUUCCUUCUUCGUUUCUGAGCCUUCGGAUCAGCUGCGAUCCAAGGGAGCGCACCUCGUAGAGACACUCCGCGAGCAGCAGCAGGAGCAGCAGCAGCAGUGGGUGUUGCUGCAGCAGCAGCACAUGCGGCAGCAGCCCCAAAGGGCACUGCCUUCUCCCAGAAGGGGUCUUGUGUCUGGUCCGGCCUCUGUUUGUGCUGGCAGCGGCGGCUGCACCAACUACAGGGACGUACAGGACCACAUUGCCGCAGAAGCAGAAACAGCAGCUGCUGCAGGCGAUGCACAAGAAGAGACACGCAGCAGCUGGGAGGAGGGAGCCGCACAGGCACGGGCUUUCUUCGAGUCGGAGCAGCGCCUUCUUUUUUAUCAAGAAGUUCGGGAGAUCGACGAUGGCAGCUGCAGCCAAAUCGGCUGUUGCAGCAGUUCGUGUUGCAAUUGCGCAGAGUGCAGCAGCAGCAGAGACAGUAAGCGGAGCCAGCUGCCCGCUUGCUCCUCUGCUACAGCGCUGCCCCUCUCGGCUGCUCUCGAUGAGAGGUGGCAGUACGUAGAAGACACCAUCAUCGAAGCUGCAGACGCGGCAACGUGGACGGCCUUCGCUCGCUUUGUUGCACUGCAGCACCGGCAGAAGCAUGCCCUCCACUACUGCUACCAGCAGCAGCAGCAUCCAGGAGAUCCGCGACAGCGUGUGAGAGGACAGACGGAGUUGCCGCUUUCUGGAUAUUAUGGCUCCCAGGAGUCAAGACAGCAGCGGGGGGCCUGCAGUGCGCAGCUGCAGUACGGCAUGGCAGCAGCAGCCGCUGAAGCGACGGCAGCAGCGGCUCCCCUCUUGUCCGCUGCCUCCAUCGAGAUGGCGCUGCUCCUUCCUCUGCAGCCACAAGCCGCGUGGCUGCUGCCUCCCUGGGACCCCCCAAAGGACUUGUUUGUGGGGGUGUCUCGCCGUCUCUCUGCCUCAGCGGCGAGUUCUCGGUACCACAGCGCCGCUUUGCGCGAGCUCGUGUUGCUGUUGCUCUUGCAAGGGGCCCAGCAAGCCUGCGGGAAGGGCAUGCCGCUCACGUCCCUCCCCCUGCCCCUCCUGUUGCUCGGCAUGGCUUUUAGAAGCAGCAGCAGCAGCAUUGGCGACGGCGGCGCGAAGCAGGAGGCUGCAUCGGCAGGCUUGCAGCCCUUUGGAGUCAUUCCGUGGUGCAGUGAGGGGCUGUUGCUCCCUUCAGUGGCUGCAGCAGCCGCCUCCCAACUGGAGCCGCUCCAGCAGCUGCACUGGAUGUCGCUGCUUGCCUUGGAGAGGGAUACGAGUCUUGCAGCAGCGCUCGUAGCUGUAGCUCAGCAGCCGCAGCAGAUCCCGCUGCUGCCACAGGACGUUCCCGACAUGCCCCCGCAUGCAGUUGCUGCAGACGGCACAUUUCUGGGCGAUGCGGAGAGGCUGCCGGCUCUCGCUGGGGUGUAUGCGCAGGUGUGCUGCAGCGUCAUGUCCUUGCAGCUGCUGCAGGUGCUCGCUGCUCACCCCCAGACAGCGCGGGCGACUCUGCAUGCGAUAGGCGUCCUAUGGCCGGAGCGCUACCGCUUCCUAGAGCAGCAGCUCCUGCUGCGAUUUGCAGCAGUUCCGCUGCUGCUCCGCCCCCCGCUGCUCCUGCUGCUGUCCGCUUGCACGCAUCUGUGCCGCUUGGACGUUCAGCAUGCAGCAGCCCGCGCAGCCGCAGCGAACAGCGACUCCAGCAGCAGUGAUGGCGCUACUGCCCUGUGGCAACAACAGCAGAAGCUGAACGAGCGGCAGCGGGCUCAACAACUGUCUCGCGUUUGCUGCUUGCUGAUUAGCUCCACCCGUCAAGGUCAAAGAGACAUCCUUUCCGGCCUGCAGCGGCUGCUCUUCUUCUUCGUCGAGGCUGUUGACGCGAACGUCGAAGAUCCGCAGCUCGCACUCCUGUUGCAACAGCAGCGCCAGCGUCAGCUGCACGCUUAUGCUGAACAGUGCUGGGAAGGUCUUGAGGGCUUGGCAGAACUGCCACUUUGCGGGUUGCUCCAGCGAGCUCCCAGAGGCCGAGGAGGCAGCAACGUGUGGCUGCUGUUGAGCCCGCAACUUUUUUUGUCGCACAUUCAGCGCAUUCUGCGAGCAGCAGGUGUUUUCCCAGGAGGAGCGUCGCAGCGUCAGCAAGAGCAGCAACAGCAAGUGUUCGCUGCAGCAGCAACUCUGCUCUGGGUCGAGCUUUUCCGCUCAAGUUAUCAGUCGUCCUUGAGGGCUGCGUUGCACUGUGCAGUGGGCGCGUUGCCUGAGCUCGCUGCUGCCUGCUUUGAACUACAGCAGCAGCAAGGGAGCCUCUCCUCUUUGCCUCAGCAAAUGCCUCCACGGGCAGCAGCUGCAGUGGCAGGGGCUAUCGGCAGCACCAAUAGCAGCGCAUUGGCUCAGCGCGCAGCGGAGUCUCUUGAAGGCUGCUUCACCAGUGAGCAGGCUCACACGUAUAGCUCCCGCCAAAUCUACGGCCUGGCUGUGAUGCAGCACCUGCUGCUGCUGGCCUGGGGUGUACAGGCAGCAGAAAUGAGCCACUUGCAUGCACGGGCUUUCCCGCUGCAGCAGACGCAGCGACUCGUCCUCCUACUCACGGAGGCCCCUUACCUGAUGCCUCCUGCAGCACGCGCGCUGCUCUACGGCAGCCUGCACCUGCUGCUGACGCUUCCUGCUGCCACUCACCAGCAACAGCAGCCAGAGAGGGGAGAAGCAGCCACCGCUGCCGCUUCAAGUGCUGCAGCCAGCUCCAUAUGCACCGCCCUCGUGCAGGAGCUUCAGGACGACGAAGAACGCUACAUGACUUUGCUACUUUUGCUCUUGUUCGACGCCACCCAACACCAGCAGCAGCACGGCAACGACAGGAAGAGCAGCACCUGCAGCCACACGCCGCAGUGGUGGGCUAGGCAGCAGCAACAGCGGCCUCACCUCUGCGGCAUACAGACUUUUGAUGAUCCUGCAUGCGUUGAGCUUUUCGGCCUGCGGUGCUGCCUGCCUCUUGCUGCGCUGCGGCUGCUGCUGUUGCUCCUGCAGUCUGUGCUGCAGCAGCAGCAGAGCUGCAGCGGCGCUGGGCGGGUGCAGCCUCUGCUUCCCAGGGAGCUGCUCGUACAGCCCCUCAGCAGCACCAACAGCAGUGGCAGGGACGAGGCAGCGGCCUCCCCUGCCGUUGCAGCAGUCGCACAGCUCUUUCAGGUUCACCUUUCAGGAGCUCAAACGAAAGAGGGGCAGCUGCAAGAGUGGGCCCUUGAGGCGAGCAGCCUCGCUCGUGCGUCGUGUCAACUCGCGUCUCUUCUUUCUUUGCGACUGGGGCAGCAGAAAACAGCCCUAGAAUUGCUGCUGAGUUCUCCGCUGCUGCAGCAACAGGCGCGUGUUCAGCCCAUCGUACCGCUGCUGCAGCGGCGAACCUGGGCAGCAGCAAUUCCCCGUAGUCUAGGACGCUUGGCAGUGCAGCUUCCACCGUUGGGACUGCUCGCCGACAUCUUGCGAGUUAUAGAGGUAUGAAGGUGUGCUGCUGUUGGCUGUCUGCUCCUCGAGAUGCUGCUGAUUUGCUUCGCGGAGGGCCCUUCGAAGGCACUCUUGCAGCAGCUGUUCUCAUGGGUGGAACGGCAGGGAGAUUUACUGCACGCCCCUCUGCAGGUAUGCAUGCAUCUGGCGUCCAUGUGGGAGCAGCGGCAUGUACUGCUGCAGAGUGGCAUGGCCGCAGAUGCGGAGGGAGGAGGUUCCGCAGCGCCAGCGCUGGUAGGACUGCACCAGAAGGAUUCGCAGCAGCAGGGAGCAGACGGCCAGCUGCUGGCAGCAGCAGCAGCCCCCCUGGAGGGACAGCCUCUCUUGGUCGGACCGUUGAAUCCUUUGGCAGACACCGCCGAGGCGUGCGGAGCAGCGAACGAUCUGCUGUACAGGGUGCUCCUGAAGGUGCUCCGGGUGUACAGACACCUGCUGCAUGCAGUCAUAGAGCAGGCUGGCACGCGGGCCCAGGCCGACCCGCUGCUGCAGCAACAGCAACAGCAGCCACUGCUCUGCUUCCACAGCACCAGGCACAUGCUGCUGAAGGCACUGCUGCUGCUCACAGCCUCGCCUACGGAGUCAGGAAUGGGGCCUGACACUGCACUGGUGCGGCGAAUCCAGCGUUGGCAGCAGUUUCAGGGACAAAGCGCAGCGCAAGGCGGCCUUAGUCCGUACAUGCAUCACCAACAACAGCAGCAGCGGCAGCAGCAAAGGCAAGGGGCAGCUGCAGGUGCUGCCGCGGCUCGAGACAGCGCAGCCCUCGUGCUGCUGGAGCUCCUGCCGAGACCUUCUGUAAAGUGGCCGUUGCUGCUAAUGGCUACCCACGUUGUCGGUAGCAGUAUUGAAGCCUUUGCGCAGUGCUGCUCCGGCGAAGAGCGAUGCAGCAAAGAAGCGCUCGUGGCUGCUGCGACUGAGGCCAUACAUCCAGUCGUAUCCACCGUGCUGCACAGUGCUGCAACACUGCGGCUUCUGCUUGAAAGUCCCCCCGUUGUAGCAGCAGCUGCAGUAGCAGCAGAGCCACAGGUGGGAGCUCUGGUCGUGGCGGUGCUUCAAUGCAGUCUGCACCUGCUACGCGAGCUGCUUCUGCGGGCUUUGGGACUGUAUCCCAGAGAACACGAGCAGCAACACGAGCAGCAGCAGUUGCAGCUCCUGCUGCAACGCAAUCAUUGCCUUGAGGGAAGACCGCGUUUGCCGCAUGCAAACGGGGCCGAGGGAUUUGCUGCUGCAGCCGCGGGAUGCAACGUUCACGCCGAGUUGGUGCCCUCGUGUGGGUGGCCUACAGUAACAAGCAGCAAACUAAUGGCCCUUUCUCCGCUGCUCCCACUGCUGCUGCAGCAACUUCCUGGCUUGCGGCUCCUCUGCCUCCUCGCAAGCCGCAGUAGGGUUUGCGACGCUCCUCAGGAGCAGCGCAGAGACGGCGAUCCCCCACAUCUGAGCAGCUGUAGCAGCAGUGGGUUGUACAUACAGCAGCACGAACUUAGCAGCAUUGCUUUCUUUGCUGCCCGCCUGGAGGCAGUGACGGGUGGCGGGGGGUCUUAG